AUGGUACGUUUUUCAGAAACCGCUAGUCUGACGCAAGCCCUGAUUGCUGUCCGACGCGCUGCGUGUCGUGCACGUGCGGUCAACUGGUGCUCGUUGGUAUGGACUCUAGGGCCAGAAGAUGUUGUUCAGAAGUCGCAA